AUGGCUUGCAAUGUAGUUCCUGCGAGCACACAAAAUACAUCCACUGAGAUUGAUGCAGGCUUUGAGCAAAACCUUAUCGCUGCAAGCGCUGCUAUUGACGGAAACAACGAUGAUACAGCACUUCUCAGAAAAGCAUGGAUCCUCAAGUUUAUAAGUCACAAUCCAGAGGUUGCUUCUGGCAUUGGACGGAGAAGUGAUACUGCUGGGCUUAAUGGGACACACCCAGAGGCUAUGUUGGAGUUCUAUCAACGCUUCAAACCCACAAGAACGGCGUAUGACGAAUCGUCGACCUCCAUCUGA